AUGAGGACCCUCGCCAUCCUUGCUGCCAUUCUCCUGGUAGCCCUGCAGGCCCAGGCUGAAUCACUCCAGGAAACAGCUGAUGACACUGCAACCCAGGAGCAGCCUGGGGAAGAAGACCAGGACCUUGCUGUCUCCUUUGAAGAAAAUGGACUCUCAACUCUUAGAGCCUCAGGUUCUCAGGCAAGACUCGCCUGCCAUUGCCGACCCCGUUGUUGGUGGUUUGAAUCCCAGUAUGCGAACUGCGGCCCAAGGUUCAAACGCUGCUGUCGCUGA